UGCAUUUUUAGAGAAGGAAAGAAUUGUUCAGCACAGGCGAUUAUAACUUGUGAUCAAGUAAUCGUGAUCAAAAUAUCCAGAGAAAAAUUGUGCGCAGGCUAUAGCAAACCAACUACAUCAGCAACCGCAACAGCAGCAGCAACGUCAACAGCAGCGCCCACGACAAUUGCUGAGCAAGCGACGUCAGUCAAAGGAGCAGUGAAGGAUAGUAAUUUGGACACAAAAUGGCGUGUGGAUGCUGCGACCCGCCACAGCCUUGUUGCGGCUGCUGGGGAUACAGGACGGGGAGUGUUUUGGCUUCCAUUUGGACCGGGAUAUGGAGCGCCUUGUUAUUAGCAGCGUGCAUAGUGACGAUUGCUUUGUGGCCCACCACAGUGUUACAGGUCCUCUUAGACUGGGUGUUCAUAGCGAUAUGUAUCAUGUUGGUCAUCUCGGCCGUUUGGCUCAUAACAGCUGUCAUCCUCUUGGUUGGAGUAUUGACGAAAGUCUCUUGCCUGUUUUUCCCCUGGCUGUUGAUGACGGUAAUUGCAUGUCUAAUGCAUUUUGUGGUGGUAUUUGCCCUUCUCUAUCCCCUCAGCAUCAGUUGGUAUGUUGGCAUCAUUCUGGCAGUGGUGUUUGGUGUAGUUUUAGGCAUAACUAUCCACUCCUAUGUGAUAGUGGUCAGCUACAUGAGAUCUCUGGACACUGGCGAUGAGGACCUCAUGGCCUGGCACACAUGGCCAAGAAAGAAAAAAAAGACGAUAUACACAGAAACCCUCCAACGACCAGCAGACGACAAAGAAUCUAUCUACGCCCCGAGCCACUACUCCUACAACACCGCAGGACCUACCGCUAGAAUGCUCGAGGAGGUCCUGUACCCACCAGUCAACGAUCCACACGCCGUCUACAAUCUCUCAAUAAGACCGAGCCACGUCAUGAGCCCGAGCAAACGAGAUUCUCGCGAAGUUAUCGUGGGGCGGAACGUGGUUGCCGACAGUUCGUCCACGAUGGCUGCAAGCAAAAGAAGCCCCCACCACGACGUGGAUCUCGUCCGAGCGACAAGCACCUCUCAUGUUGCUUUGUACCCCGCUGGGAGUAUUGCAGCGAACCUCGAUCGCGACCAGGAUAGGGAAGUUUUGGUCGCCAGGAGCGUAUACGACGAGCCAUUGAGUGUGCCGCAAACGAGGGUAGUGAGCGGAAUGACCUCGCCGAGUAGCGCCCAUAGCUCGCAAACCAGACAGUCGGCUGAACGUGACGAGGUGUUUUUUCCACCCGGACACGAUCCGCAACAGACACGGUUCUAA